GGAGAUCCGGAUCCGGAGCGGCUGAAAGGCGGAAGUGGAGGCCGGAGCCUGGGACACCGCCGGGGGGAGAGGAGCGGAGCCUGGCCGAGCCCCGGCCCCAAGUAACGCCGCCGCCCCGGAGCCGCCUUGGAGGCCCCUCCCCACUAAGUGCCUCUUUGCACAGCACUGGCCCCCGCCCCCACGCUCACCGGCACCACUGCAGCGGGACGGGCCAUGGCGGGUCGGGGAGGUGCAGCACGACCCAACGGACCAGCUGCUGGGAACAAGAUCUGUCAGUUUAAGCUGGUCCUGCUGGGGGAGUCCGCAGUGGGCAAAUCCAGCCUCGUCCUCCGCUUUGUCAAGGGUCAAUUCCACGAGUACCAGGAGAGCACAAUUGGAGCGGCCUUCCUCACACAGACCGUCUGCUUGGACGACACAACAGUCAAGUUUGAGAUCUGGGACACAGCUGGACAGGAGCGGUAUCACAGCCUGGCCCCCAUGUACUAUCGGGGGGCCCAGGCUGCCAUCGUGGUCUACGACAUCACCAACACAGAUACGUUUGCAAGGGCCAAGAACUGGGUGAAGGAGUUGCAGAGGCAGGCCAGCCCCAACAUCGUCAUCGCGCUCGCGGGCAACAAGGCCGACCUGGCCAGCAAGAGAGCCGUGGAGUUCCAGGAAGCACAAGCCUAUGCAGAGGACAACAGUUUGCUGUUUAUGGAGACGUCGGCAAAGACUGCGAUGAACGUGAAUGAAAUUUUCAUGGCAAUAGCUAAGAAGCUUCCCAAGAACGAGCCCCAGAAUACAGCUUGUGCUCCGGGCCGGAACCGAGGAGUGGACCUCCAGGAGAACAACCCUGCCAGCCGGAGCCAGUGCUGCAGCAACUGAGCCCCCCUUACCUGCCCACUGCCCCCACCUCCUCCGCCUCGACGACCCGACUGGAAUCCACUCUAACCAAUCGCACUUACCGACUCGGGCCACCACUGGGGGGCAGGGGGAGGGGCCCACCAUGGUUUCUCCAUAUCAUUUUGAUCAUAGGCCGGAGUGAGUUAUUCCACCUGCACCUUUCUGUACAAAUACUAAUUCAAUUUUAAGUCUUAAGUCACUUUUUUAAUAUAUAUGAUCUGCUCUUCCCACUUCUCCCCUUUCUACUGCUCUCCCACUCUUCCUUUGCCGGUAGUAGCCACGUGCCCCUGUUCCGCCCACCCUGGUGUAUGGGGUGGCGGGGGUUGGAGCAGUUACCCUUCUUUCCCUCUUGCUGAUUAGCGGGCUCAGCAAGAGCAUCCAUAUCCUUACUGUGUUGGGAGUGCGCUUCGUUCUGGGUGAUGGGGCAGGCCCUAGGGGCCAGGGAAGGGGGAGGCAGCUCUUCCCUCAGCUGGCUGUCAUCAGGCUGCAGCGUCCCCUCCCCACCCCCUGACUCACAGCUGGGAGAGAACCCACAGCGUUACCACAGCAUUAUUGUGACAGCCACGAACCCAUUGCCCACAGCCCCCUUCCCCCUCGUCCUUGGUCACCCUGACCUCUGGCUCUGAGCCCUGUUCUGACCAAAUCACAAUGAUGAGUAUUUGGGGGUGGGUGGGUAAGGGGGGUAGUGGGAGGGGAUGGAACCAACUUUUUCUGUAUUUUGUAUUGUAUGUUUUCUUCAACAUGUAACCAAUCAGUAUCUUGUCAAUAUAGUCAGCCGAUCGAUCGA